AUGUCGAGUCGCACAUUCGCUUCCGAUCCUCGAAAUGGUAAUCUAACUGCACCUCGAGACUCAUUAGAGCUCGCCUCGCUCGCGUCCUCCUCGCCCGCCUCCGUAGGUGGCUCCUCUCGUUCCUCGUCCCCCGACGGAAUUUCCUCGUCGCGCAAGCUUUCCUUGGAAGAUGAAGACCCUCUCGCUGGCGAACAAGGGGACGUCUUCUUAGAGACUGGUCGUCCGCGGCACCCACGAUCCUACUCGGUCUCGUCUGCCUUCGACUUUGGCCGCAACUUGUUUCCCUUGUCGCAAACCCAGAGCGGAUAUGCGCCGCUGGGAACGCCGUCGGCGCUGGACCGCUCAGGAACAAAUGGAUCGUUGGAACGGAACAAGACAUUGACAUACUUGAAUGGUCUGUCUUUGAUUGUGGGGUUGAUCAUCGGAUCGGGCAUCUUCUCUUCGCCUUCCCAGGUCAACGCCAACGCUGGGUCACCGGGUGCGGCGCUCAUCGUAUGGGCCAUAGCAGGGUUAUUGGCGUGGACGGGUGCGGCGAGCUAUGCGGAGCUAGGAGGCGCGAUCCCUCUGAAUGGCGGCUCUCAGGUCUACCUUUCCAAGAUCUUCGGCGAGCUACCAGGGUUCCUGUUCACUUGGUGCGCAGUCCUAGUAUUGAAGCCAGGAUCAGCGGCAAUCAUUUCGAUCAUCUUUGGCGAGUAUGUUGUGCGCGCAUUCGUGGGAGCUGAUGUGGAGCAUGUCAACCCAUGGAUCAAUAAGGGUGUUGCGCUGGGAGGCUUGGUCGCGGUCACGUUGUUUAACUGCAUCUCCACGAAGAUUGCUACUCGCAUUGGUGAUCUCUUCAUGUUUUUCAAAUUUGUGGCGUUGUUGGGGGUCACGAUCACUGGAAUCGUGGUCGCCAUCACCGGAUUCUCGGCCAAGGGAGGUGCCAAUCAGGAAUGGAAGACCCAUGGCUGGUUCGAAGGGACGAAUACCGAGAUUUCAGACUUUGCAGUGGCGCUGUACGCUGGACUAUGGGCUUUUGAUGGAUGGGACAACACAAAUUAUGUCACGGGCGAGUUCAAGAAUCCCAACCGGGAUCUUCCCCGUGUGAUUCACACGGCCAUGCCGUUGGUUAUCCUGAGCUAUUUGAUGGCCAAUGUGUCUUACUUCCUCGUUCUUCCGCAUGAUACCAUCGAAGCCAGUAACACCAUCGCCGUGCAGUUUGGUCGCAAAGUCUUCGGCCCUGUCGGCGCUCUUGUCCUCGCACUCGUCGUUGGUGCUAGCUGUUUCGGCGCUUUGAAUGCAACCACCUUCACCAGCGGUCGACUGGUCUACGCCGCUGCCAAAGAAGGCUACUUGCCCGCCGUCUUCUCUCGCAUCGGUCUGGGCAGCUCUACGGCCCCAGCACCUCCCGCUGGUGGUCGUCUUCGUCGACGCUCGUGGGCAAGAAGAUCCUUGUCACGCGUAUUUGGUGACGAGACUGGCCUGGGAUUCACUCCGAUCAAUGCCAUGGCUUUAAAUGCUGCUUUCGUCGUGGUCUACAUCUGCGUCGGCGAGUUCAGUACACUGGUCACAUUCUACGGCGUUGCGGGUUACACAUUUUACUUUGUGACCGUCCUGGGUCUAAUUGUGCUGCGCAUUCGUGAACCUCGUCUCGAAAGACCAUACCGCACAUGGAUCACGACACCAAUUAUUUUCUGCUGCGUCAGCUUGUUUCUCCUUAGCCGUGCCGUCAUCGCCGAGCCGCUCCAGACGCUCAUCGUCGUCGCGUUCAUUCUCACUGGUAUUCCUGUGUACUACUGGCGCAUUCACCAACGCGAUGGUUCGACCGGCCUUGCAGGAUGGAAAUUCUGGGGAAAACGUUCGCGAUGA